AUGAAAGAAUUGGAAGAUGUACUACGAAGCAGUGAAGAGGAAAGAAGACGGCUAGAAAUGGAACGUGGGAAGGAAGAAGAACUGUUCAGUCGUGCUUUAGCUGUGACGAACGAGAGCGAAAAGACAGAUCAGAAACGAGAAGGUUUAACUGCCACAUCAUCGUCGCGCACUGAAGCGACACCUUUGGUCACCAAAAAUGCAGAACUAAAAGCUACAUCCGAAGGAGCGGCAUCAAAGUCAUCAAACACCGUAGAAGGUUCUGAGACGGUUGGGUCCGCGGGAAGCGCUGAUUCGAAACCAUCCAGAGCAGCUACAGCGAAGAAAGAUCGACGCGAAAGCACAGGAGAGCGACCUCCGACAAUGAACACCUUAGCUCCUUCCGAAAGAGAUCGACGUGCAAGCGUAGGUGACAAAAGUCCAACGACAAAGACGUCAGCACCACCCGAGAAGACACCGCCAAGAACCAGGGGCAAUGGACGUCCACCUACAGCAAAGCGAGGAAACACUCCAAGUGGUGGUGUUGGUGAAAGAGCUGCGUUGAAAAGUGUGAAGGAUAGGCGUCCGUCUACAGAAGCUCGGAAGCCGAAAGAGGACGAUCUCGUCAAUACGAGCGCUAGAGCGAAAACUGAAGCAGAGCUGGAAGACGAGGGAAUGAUGUAUGGACCACGUGGGAAGAACAUCUACGAUGUGAAUGUGAGCGAUGUUUUCUUCAACUUAAACUGCUACUUGCUCUGA